GUACUACUAAUCAGUAUCAGUAGUACCAGCAGUACCAGUAGUAAAAACAUUACCAGUAUUAAAAACAGUACCAGCAGUACCAGUAUUACAAGCAGUAAAAGUAGUACCAGCAGUAAAAGCAGUACCAGUGGUACCAGCAGUAAAAGCAGUACCAGUGGUACCAGCAGUAAAAGCAGUACCAGUAGUACCCGUAGUACCAGUAGUUCCAGCAUAAAAGCAAGUAGCAGUAAAAGCAGUACCAGUAGUAGCAGUAAAAGCAGUACCAUUAGGGCUGGGGAGCAGACAGAUGCUCUGAUAACUGCCAUCCCUCCCUUCUUUCUACUGGUUUUGAAGGCCAAACUCUUCCCCAGGGUGUGUCAGACAGACACACUGAGGCAUAUACACACUAACUUUGUCUGCUUCAGUACCUAUUUCUACCACUUGCCACAUACGGACAUGGGCAAACAGAGGUAG